CCAGCAAACUUGGAAACUAUGGUAAUGGUAUAGACAGAAAGGAAGGAAAAUGAAGGGUGAAGUACACCAUGGCCAGUGACCAUGAGUGAAUGUUAGCUUCAAUUCGAGGUGAGCUCCAGUCGCCAGACGGACAGCCCAACGACUACCCACAACCAAUAAUACUAUGUAGCAUUUGUCCCACCUUAACCCCUACGAGACUACUAGUAAGCUACACCCUUAAACCUCUCUCUCUCUCUCUCUCUCAGGAAACUUUUCUUUUUCCGCCAAUUUAGAGAGGCGGAGCAAAGCAACAGUGGGACUUCUCGUGAUUUGCAGCUACCCAUUUUCAACUUCUCUUUUCUUUCUCUCUUUCUUCAUUCAACCCCCCAAAAAACAUCACCGCCUCUCUCUCUCUCUCUCUCUCUCUGGAGCCCUAAACAGUGCUGUCUUACCUUUCCUCUUUCAAUUUCUCGCACUCCUACCCAGUAAUUUCCAUUUCCCCAAACACCCCAGGAAAACGCACCUCUUGGUUGAACUGUCAUACGAUCAUAAUCCCAGCUCUCUGGGUGGUGGUGUUCUGAUCUUGGUUUUAGCUUUGGCAGCAUCUGGAUGGUGAAUGCUAGAUGGAAACUAGAGAUCUCAGUAUCUCUUGCAAUUUUGGGAUUUGGUCGGAUUGCAGACAACUUUGGAUGAUACGUGGCAUGAUUUUGGUUUAUGGGUUUCGUUUAUCUUUAAUGCUUUUGUAAACAAAUGGUUUAGUAGCAUUAAAUCCAUGAUCUGUAACAUCUAGAUGCAUCAAGUAAAUAUGGGUUCUUCUGAAAUUGUUGAAGCAAUUGAAGAAUUGGACUCGAGACCAAAAAUGGAUGAACAUAGUAGAAAGCGUCUUAUGCUGAAGCCUGGACAAAUAUGUUCCAUAGAGGAUGACAUUAAUCAACUUUUUGAGGCAAUAAACGUCAGAACUUCUGGUAGGAGAUCGACUCUCUUGCAACAAGUUGGUAAAGACAAAGACAGUCUACAGAAGAGUGCCAUGAAAAGACCAAUGAGGCCCAGUUCAUCUCAAGCUUCUGCAAUUGGAAUUUCAGAGUCUGUGAGUUUGAAGCAGGCAUUGAGAGGUUUAUGCAUCUCCCAAGCAUCAGAGAUGGCUGCUAUGAAGCGGUUAUCAAAAACAGCAGGUUCAUCAAGGGCCUCUGAAGCUGGAACUAUCAAGAGAUUGUAUAGGGCAGUGGAAGUUGAAGCUAGUGAAUCUGGUAUCCCCCUUAAUGAAAGUAAAGGCAACUUUGUGGAAAUCUCCCUUGUUCCAGAAAGUUCAUCAAAUUUCUCCGAGAAGACAAAUGAAUCUGGGAAAUUACCUGAGGCGGAACAACCAAACCAAAAUGCUCACAUUUCUACUUUUUUGGUGGAUGUACCAACACCAAAGGAAAAAAUGACCAAUUCAUUGCCUCCAGAAGUUGAGAUUGUUCCCUCGCCUUCUCAUGGUAGGUAUGAUGCUUCAACACCAGAGUUUGGGUCAAAUGGAAAGCCGAUAUUGGCACAUUCAUCAUCUGACAUUCACACUAGGGAACAACUGCCAGUGUUAGAUGAGACUGUUGUCACCUCGGCUGAAGUGCCAGUUAAAAUGGCAGAUCUAGAGAAGGAGGCAAAAGACAAGUUGCAUAAAACUGCAAGCAGUAGUCGAAACAUAAUCAGACCGGUUUUCAGGAAAAAGAACUCUGUUAAAAAGAAAGUAAAUCAGGACACAACUUCCAUCCCAAGCAACUCCAAUCAAUGUGAUGGCGAAGUUGAUAAUGAUUUUGGUCCCAGCACUAGUAAAAUGGUUUGCCAGGGGACCAAUUGUGCUACAAAGUAUGGAAGUAAGGAUAUUGAGAAAUCAAAUAUAGCAUCAAGCACUACAAAUGUUAGUGGUGAAGUCAGUCCAAAUCCUGUGGACUCUGGUCCUGGUAAACCAGUUUCAAGUUCAAAUUGUAUCACCAGAACCAGAACUUUAGUUUCAAGAUAUGAUGAACGAUCAAGAUCACGAGAAAAGGGGGAGUUCUCUCAAAGCUCAAAGAGUAGCAUUGGUGAGUACAGUAGCGGUACAAGCAAUAGUGAAGAGAGCACUCUAAGUGGGCAUAGCCGCAGUGGCUAUCGACCGCACAUGUCAAAAGACUUGAGGUGGGAGGCAAUUCGAUAUGUUCAGAAGCAGCAUGGGAGCGUAGGUUUGAGACACUUCAAGCUACUCAAGAAACUUGGUAGUGGGGACAUUGGAACUGUUUACCUUGCUGAAUUGAAUGGCACAAACUGCCUAUUUGCUUUGAAAAUAAUGGACAAUGAGUUUUUGGCUAGCAGGAAGAAAAUGCAUAGGGCUCAAACUGAAAGAGAGAUAUUGCAAAUGCUGGAUCAUCCGUUUCUCCCUACACUGUUUGCUCAUUUUGUAACAGAUAAAUUCUCGUGCUUGGUUAUGGAAUAUUGUCCAGGUGGAGAUCUGCAUGUUCUCCGGCAAAAGCAGCCUAACAAGAGUUUCUCUGAACAAGCAGCCAGGUUUUAUGUUGCUGAAGUGCUCCUGGCAUUGGAAUAUCUACACAUGCUUGGAGUUGUCUACAGAGAUUUAAAACCAGAAAAUGUUCUGGUCCGAGAAGAUGGCCACAUCAUGCUUUCUGAUUUUGACUUGUCACUCAGAUGUGCUGUUAAUCCCAAACUGCUCAAAUCAUCACCGGUUGCCGAGUCCCCUAAAAGGGAAUCGAGUCCAUGCACUGAUUCUAGCUGCAUACACCCUUUCUGCCUCCAACCAUCUUGGCAAGUCCCAUGCUUCACCCCUAGGCUCAUAUCCGCGGCAUCAAAAUCCCGAAAGCUUAAAGCUGACCUUGCCGCCCAAGUCAACCCCCUGCCCCAGCUUGUGGUGGAGCCAACCACUGCCAGGUCCAACUCCUUUGUAGGAACCCAUGAAUACUUGGCUCCCGAGAUCAUCAAAGGUGAGGGCCACGGUAAUGCUGUUGAUUGGUGGACUUUUGGGAUCUUCCUCUACGAGCUAGUCUAUGGUAAGACACCCUUCAAGGGUCCUGCAAAUGAGGAUACAUUGUCAAAUGUUGUUUCACAUAGCCUCAAGUUUCCUUCAACUCCUAUCGUUAGCUCUCAUGCUAGAGAUUUGAUCCGUGGACUGCUGGUAAAGGAUCCCGAGAACAGGUUUGGUUCUGUGAAAGGAGCAGCCGAGAUCAAGCAGCAUUCGUUUUUCGAGGGCCUGAACUGGGCGCUGAUACGGUGCGCUGUGCCGCCAGAGCUGCCAAACUGUUCUUUUGGGAAUGCCACUGCCGACAUAUCAUUGCAUAACAAGGAGAGCUCCAAGUGUGAGCAAGAAGAGUUUGAGAUGUUUUAGCUUGAACUACGUUGGUGCUGGAGAGGAAGGUGUUUUUUCUUUCUUCUUUUUUGUAAUGAGAUUUCUCAUACUUGUUGUAUCUGAUAUAUAUAUACAUAUAUAUAUAUAUAGCAGCUCGAUCGUA